CGAUUGUGUAGUGGUGGAACACGCCCAAACAACAAUAACCAAAACAAAAGCAAUAUGUCUGCAGAGUCCGCUGUCUACGAGGCACUUCAGUACGCCUGCAGCCAGGAUGCUCAGAUGCUGAAGCCGGCCGAACAAAAGCUGGCCGAGUGGGAAGUACAGCCCGGCUUUCACCUGACGCUGGUGAACAUUUUCUCCAACCAGUCGCUUGACGGCGGUGUACGGUGGAUGGCUUCGCUGUACUUUAAAAACGGUGUGCUAAAGUAUUGGCGACAGAAUGCCCCAAAUGCAAUAUCUCGCGAGGAGAAACAGGAAAUCAAACGAUUGCUAUUGUUAAAAUUCGAUGAACCCGUACAGCAGAUCGCAGUUCAAAUAGCGGUCCUGAUAGCCAACAUCAACCGGUACGAAGGUCCGCUGGAGUGGAAGGAACUCAUACCGACCGUGAUAAAAGCGGUACAGAGUGAGGACAUGAUCGUGCAGCAUCGUGGCCUGCUGGUGUUGCUGCACGUGGUUAAGGUGCUGUGCACGAAGCGCAUUCCGCGCGAUCGUCAACAGUUUCAAAACGUGGCCGUAACGUGGUACGACUUUAUGCUUAAUCUCUGGGAAGGAUUUACGCAAUUGUUCUUCACCAACAUCUGCGAGCAGAACUGUGCCAUUGCGGUGUGCGCGGCGAACUUGGAAAAGGCCAUAUUCUCGCUGCGCAUACUGAAAAAGCUAACAAUCUACGGUAUCGUUGAUCCACUCAAGUCGGAAGGCUGCAUGAUGCUGGUACGGGUAAUGUUCCAACGGUUGAAGGAUCUGCUGGAGUGUCGUAUGCGCGUGAAGCGCAUGUUGCGCGACACGGAAAACAAUGCAACGUCGGGCACGCUGAACAAUGAAGCAAUAGAGAUGAUGCGCAAGCUGACGACGAACCUGGAGAAGUUUAUCGUUAAACAUAUGAAGUUCCUGAAUCUGUUCUACGAAACGCAUCCGGAUGUGUUUUCAACGUUCGUACCGGUAUCGUUUGAGUUUUGCUUUAACUACGUGUUCCACGAGGGAACGAAUCUGAUCUUCGAGGACAAUGUUAUCACCUUUCCCAACUUUGCCAUUCAGUGCCUCUGCUUGCUGAAGGGAAUCCUGUCACCGAAUACGGUAAAGCUAGAUUUGUUACCGCGCGCCUCUAAUCAGCUCGCCGGUGAAGCUAAAGAACGCGUAAACAGUGCUAAGGUGGACUUUUUUACACCGGAACGUCUAAGCUACAUCUUUGAGAAGCUCAUAAUGCACUACUUCUUGCUAACGCCGGAUGAGUUUGAACAGUGGGACACGGAUCCAGAAGCGUACACAUCCGACGAGGGUGGUGACUCUUGGAAGUACAAUCUACGCUCGUCCGCUGAAGCCUUCUACAUGAUUCUCUUCCAAAAAUUCAGUCCAAUCAUGAUUGAGGAGCUGCGAAAAUACAUAUCGAAAUCGCAAUCGAUAACACUGACCGAGAGCUCCGAUAUGAACGAUCUGCUGAUAAAGGAUUCGAUCUACAAUGCAACCGGACUGGCGGCAUUCAUUCUGUUUGAUGAGAUUAAUUUCGACGAAUGGUUCUCUCGGCAGCUGCUUGAGGAACUGAAGUUUAAAUCCCACAACUUCCGAAUCAUCCGCAAGCGCAUCAUCUGGCUUGUCGGGCAAUGGACCUGCGUUAGGUUUUCGAAAGCGUUACGCCCUCAAGUGUACCAAGCGUGUUUGGAGUUGCUGCAGCCGUCCGAAGAUUUGGCCGUUCGUUUAACUGCUUCCAAAAGCUUACGCAGCAUCAUGGACGAUUUUGAGUUUGUGGCGGAACAGUUUGUGGAGUUUCUCGAACCGACAAUCGCACUGCUGUUUGGGUUGCUUAAGGAAGCGGUUGAGUGCGAAACGAAAAUGACCAUACUGUACGUGAUGUCGUUCAUAAUAGAAAAGAUGUCCCUGUCCAUACGGAUCGAUGUGCAAAGUUUGGUGCAGUAUUUGCCGCUACUGUGGGAGGAAAGCCGUGAGCAUAAUAUGCUUCGCUGUGCAAUUAUUUCUACCUUGUUGCAAAUCAUAAAAGCCUUGUAUGAAAUACCAUCAUCGGAACCGAUCGUUGCAUUUAUCUACCAGAUCAUAGAGAUGAGUACGAAUGUGAACGAUCCGUCGCACGUGUAUCUGCUGGAGGAAGGACUGGAACUGUGGGUUGUGGUUGUGCACUACAGUCGCACCAUGAACCAGGAGUUGCUUAAUCUGUGUGACAAUUUAGUACCUCUAAUACAGCAAUCAUCUAGCAAUAUGAACAUAUGUUUGGCGAUCGUGCAAGCGUAUGUGUUUCUCGGUGCAGAAAUCUUUCUUCCCCGGUACGGUCAGGAGAUUGUAAAGACGUGCCAAUACUUGUUGACGGAUUUACGCUCGGACGGUGUACUGUUGAUAAACCGCUUCUUCCUCACCCUGCUGCAAACAGUACCAAAGUUUGCGAUCGAUUUGCUUCGGCCGUAUCUGGUGGAAGUGUUUCGAUCAUACUACCAGCAAACGAAUUUCCCGCAAGUGAUGCAGAUGUACCUGCAGAUCAUAUCGCGUGUGUUGGUGAACGAUCAGGUAACGUUCAGUGUGGUACUUUCCGAAACGGGGGCACAGGAUGCGCUGGAAAAAAUAUUAACCGCAUGGUUGGAAGAUAUGCGACGGGUAACGGCACUCGAGGAACGAAAGCUGCUUGCGUUGGCCUUGAGCAGUUUGCUGACCGUUUCAAAUGAGGUGAUUUUCAAGAGCUUUGCCGGCAUCAUCACAAACGUUACCGAAGUGCUGAACGACGUAAUGGAUGUGUACUCGCAGGAUACGAAGGUGGAUUCGCUAGUCAUCGACGAUGAAAACAAGGACAAUAUAGGCGUAACAUUGCACGGGUAUGGGUUCAUCGAUUCCGACAUGGUACAGGAGGAAACGCCUCACUUUAGCCGUUGCCGAGCGUUCUGUUUGCACGAUCCAACGCACGUUAUUGUGCUGAAGGACUAUCUACAGAAUCAGCUUGUAGUACUGAAAAACACGGUCGGUGGUGAACGAUACCAAACACUGAUGUCAUCCGUUGAUCUGCAAACACUGAAGGAGUUGAGUAACUUUGUCGUGCUGGGAAUCGAGCUAUCGGCCGGGAUUGACGAUGGUGCAUAGCCUAAAUCGGAACAAUUC